GGGUGAGUCAGGCCGGGUUUUCCCUCCGCCUCUGGCCGCCGAGCGCCCGGCGCGUCCCGCCCUCGCCGAGCCGGCUCCGGGCGCGCCCGCCGCGUUUUCCCCGCGCCCCCGGCGGCCCCGGUCGGCUCAGAGUGGGCCGCCGCCGGCCCCGGGACGGAGGUUCGAGUCCUCGCCGGGGAGCACAGCCAUGGAGCCGCUGCCUGAGGCCUGCUGACCGUUCAUGGGCACAGCGCCCCUGCCUGCGGCCUUGGCCAUGGGCAGUGUGGGCAGUCUGCUGGAGCGCCAGGACUUCUCCCCCGAGGAGCUGCGGGCGGCGCUCGCGGGGCCGCGGGGCUCCCGGCAGCCUGACGGGCUUCUCCGGAAGGGCCUGGGCCAGCGGGAGCUGCUCAGCUACCUGCACCUCCCCAAGAAGGACGGCAGGACCCCCAAGCGCGGCGCCCGCGGUGAGCCCGCCGACUAUGCCACUCUCUGCUACCGGGAGCACCCCCGGGCCGGGGACUUCAGCAAGACCUCCCUGCCCGAGCGAGGGCGCUUCGACAAGUACCGCAUCCGCCCGUCCGUGUUCAAGCCGGCGGCGGGCGGCAAGGGCUUCCUGUCCAUGCAGAGCCUGGCGGCCCACAAGGGCCAGAAGCUCUGGCGCAGCAACGGCAGCCUGCACACGCUGGCCUGCCACCCGCCCCCCAGCCCGGGACCCCGAGUCAGCCAGGCCCAGGCCCGCGCCCGCCUCCUGCACGCGCUCAGCCUGGAUGAGGCCAGCCGCGAGCCGGAGCCCAGCCUGUCUGACUCGUCCAGCGGCGGCAGCUUCAGCCGCAGCCCCGGCCCCUUCAACGCCUCGCUGGGCCACGUCACUCACCUCGGGGGCUCUCUGGACCGCGCCUCGCGGAGCCCCAAGGAGGCCGUGAACUGCCUGCCCGAGCCGCCGCCCCCUUACGAGUUCUCCUGCCCCCCCAAGGAGGAGGUGCUGCCUGAGGCCUGCGAGGAGCUCAAGAGGGGUCUGGGGGACGAGGACGCCGCCAGCCCCUUCACACAGGUGCUGGAGGAGCGCCAGCGGCUCUGGCUGGCCGAGCUGAAGCGCCUGUACGUGGAGCGGCUGCACGAGGUGGCGCAGAAGGCCGAGCGCAGCGAGCGCGCCCUGCAGCUGCAGCUCUUCGUGGCCGAGCAGGAGCAGCGACGCCUGCGCAAGGAGCUGCGCGCCCAGCAGGGGCUCCCGGGGCCCGGCGCCCCACCGGAGGCCGACCCCAACGCCAGCGGCCCGCGGCUGGACGAGGAAGCGCGCUGGGAGGUGUGCCAGAAGACGGCGGAGAUCAGCCUGCUGAAGCAGCAGCUGCGCGAGGCCCAGGCCGAGCUGGCGCAGAAGCUGGCGGAGAUCUUCACCCUGAAGACGCAGCUGCGCGGCUGCCGGGCGCAGGCCCAGGCGCAGGACGCGGAGCUGGCGCGGUUGCGCGCGGCGGCGGCGGCGGCCCCGACGGCGCGCGAGGACGGCCCGGCCGGCUGCCAGACGGACGAUUGCAAGAGCCGCGGGCUGCUGGGCGAGGCGGGCGGGGAGGCGGCGGACGCGGGCCCCGAGCAGCUGCGGGCCGAGCUGCUGCAGGAGCGGCUGCGCGGGCAGGAGCGCGCGCUGCGCUUCGAGCAGGAGCGGCGCACGUGGCAGCUGGAGAAGGAGCGCGUGCUGCGCUACCAGCGCGAGCUGCAGGCCGGCUACCUGGACAUGUACCGCCGCAACCAGGCGCUGGAGCAGGAGCUGCGGGAGCUGCGGGCGCCGCGGGAGCCGCCCGAGCCCUGGAGCCCGUGCCUGGAGUCGUCCAAGAUCUGAGGCCCGCGGGGGGCGUGGACACUCGGGGAGGAGGCUGCCAGGCGCGACCCUGGCGCUCCUCUGGCCACGCCGGCUCUGCCCUGCAAGGAUCGAGGCCCCCUGCCCCCAGCACGCACACAGGCACACGCGAGCGCGGGGAUUCAGAGUGGGCCGGAGAGGCCGCGGCAGGGCCCAGCCCGGCUCCCUGGCGCUGUGUGGCCCAGGGACGGAGCCGCGUGACGCCAGGGCAGGCAGCGGAGAGGGAAGACGGGCCGGGAGCUGCUGGCUCCUCUGGAAUAAAAUCGGUUUGUUUUUUUUUCCUA